GGGCGGGAUAAAGGUUUCACGUACAUGUUUUGGGAUUAUCAUGUUAAACGUAUGUGGGUUGGAAUAUUAUAGUGUUUGUAAUUCACUCUGCAUGGGUGUCAUAGUAGAACCAAUCCAGAUUUUGGGACUUGCACCCAGGAAGUGAAGGCAGGACUUUUGGACUCACCAUGAAGGUCAGUGCAUGGCUACUCUAUGCGUCAUGGCUGUACUCCUGGGCUGAGUUCACUCAGCGGUGCAAAUGCCAAGAUCUCUGUCCAACAGAACUGGAGGUUAAGAAGUCAAAGACUCGAGUAAAGGUGCAUUUUCGCAAUCCUCUUGGACACAAGCACACACCUCUCAGGAGCAGACCACACCACAGAAAAGGUGCCAGAGUUUGUGCUAGAGAUGUGCCACCCCGCAUUGUACACCAACCCUCUGAUGUGGUGGUGAAAUUGGGUAAACCUGCCACAUUCUCCUGUCGGGGGGAUGGCAACCCAAAGCCUACCAUUGAGUGGCUGCACAACGGCCAGCCGCUGGAGGUUACAAAGGGAAAUGGCCAACUGCAGCCCAUGGUUUUGUCAGAUGAUAGGCUCUUCUUCCUGAGUGUGAGUGGGAGUGGACGUGGCCAGUCGCAUGAAGGUAUCUACACAUGCGUGGCCAGGAACAGUGCAGGAACAGCCAUCAGCCAUAAUGCAUCCUUGCACAUUGCAGCAUUGCAGGAGGCGUUCACUGUGGAGCCCAGUGACGUCGAGGUGGCAGAGGGGGAGGUAGCUGUUUUAAACUGUGCCCCCCCAUUGGGAUACCCAGAACCUAACAUUAUGUGGAGAAAAGAUGGCCUGCCAAUCAACUACACUGACUUCCACUACACUGAACUGAAUGGAAAGCUUAUCAUCGCUCCUGCAGAGAAGAACCACUCUGGUGCCUAUGUGUGUGUGGCCAGCAACACUAUGGGGGUCCGAGAGAGCAGGGCAGCUCGACUUACUGUGCUCGCAAAACCGGUAUUAGUGCUGAAGCCAGAAAAUGUCUCAGUGAGACUGGGGGAGUCUGCCCAGUUCAACUGUCAGGCAAAAGGUGACCCUCCACCCGCGGUGGUCUGGAGCAGAGAGCAGGGGCCACUGCCCAAUGGCAGAUAUCUGAUGAACCCAGAUCAGACGCUCCAGAUCCAUUAUGUAACAGCCCAAGAUGCUGGCCAGUACACCUGCACUGCAGUCAAUGAUGUUGGUAUGGUCACUGCCACUGCACAGCUACUCGUUGAAGCAUCCAGCACUAAACAGAAAGAUCUCCACAUAGAACUGUCAGCCCUGCGACUGGCUCUAGAAAAUGUCACGAUCAUGGCCCCAGGAUCCAACAUAUCUGAAGUACAGUGGAAGCUCCAGUCCUUACCCAUUCAACCUCAUUACCUCGAUGGCUUUGAGGUUCUUUAUCGUUCCCUGUUACCUGCCAGCUCAGACUGGGCCGCAAAAAAGGUGACAGUGCCAAGCUUUCAGACACAGGUUGGUCCAUUAAAGAGAGGCUACAAGUAUGAAUUUAAGGUUCGUCCCUACGGCAGCAGUUUGUAUGGCCGGGAGAGUAACACACGGCUCCUCAGAGUCCCAGAGACAGCAGUACCCAGUGCUGCCCCACUGGCUGUGUCCAUAACAGUUAACCAUGAUCACAAUAACUCCAUCCACCUCAACUGGGAGCCUCCUCCAUCUGAAACUCACAAUGGUAUCAUACAAGGUUACCAGGUUUGGUGUGUGGAGUCAUAUGAGCAGCAGUACCAAAACUGGACUGUUGAUAGCAAGCAGCACUGGCUUGAUAUCUUUGCCCUUCAACCAGGGAAACGCUACUGGAUUACCCUGGCAGCAGUGAACGGUGCUGGAGUAGGGGUUCCAAGUGACCCUCAUGGAUUUGUCAUAAACCCACAGAUAAGAUUUACUUCUGAGUCCGAAAGACAUAGACCGGAGCAGUCUACUUUGCUUACGUUGCUCCAGGACCCCGUAUUGAUUGGCAGUAUUGGUGCCCUCAUGUGGUGCAUUUUGAUGGUUGCAGCUGUCUGCCUCUUAAGACGUCACAGCAAAAUAGGUCACCUCAUACCAGGACGUGAUGGGGCUAAAGGUUUGCGUAGACGAGCCAGUGAAGAUAUCUUCAUUAACCACAGGAUGACAGCUCCAGACUCUCCGUGGGUCUCUGGGAGUUGCAGACCUGCUUUUAACAAACAUUACCAAGACUUGUGGGUUCAAGGUCACAAACCUUCAGGGAUGAGGAACUCAAACUUUCAAGUACCAACCAAGAAGGACCCAAGCUGCGAGGACUCAGCUGUUCCCAUUGUGACUGACAGCUGUGCCGUCUACGGCACUUUUUAUGUUGACCUCAUGGGAAAUGGGCUCAAGACCUUCAAGAGUCCCAGGCGUUACCCCAAAAUGCCUCAUGGUCUGCCACAACAGCAAGGAUUUGAGACCAUUCAGAUAUUCCCUCAGCCUAAGACCUCACCCCUCACUAGUAGUGAGAUGUUACCAUGGAAACAGUCCAUACGGCCUCAGCCUAAAAUGGGUGUUUUGAGGGAGUCCUGGGAGAAGAGCCACAUCAAACAAGAGGUGCAUGCAGUGAACAGUGUGCCCAUAGUACAAAUAAGGAACCAGGCUGCUCCGUCUCAUUUCACCAAACAGAGAUUCAGUCACAUCCCAUCAAGUCAGCUUGAAUAUAAUCAAUUUGCUGACUGUCCUCGGCUGCUGCAUAAUUCUGCAUCACUACAGCUAAUAGAUGUGCUGCCACCGCUGUUUAACUUGGAGGAAGCUACAGACUCGCACAGUGUGACCUCAGACGAAGGACUUCUCUCCACCAGCCUCCCCCCUAAGCGCCCUGUACCCAUCAUUUUGUGCCGAGGGCAACACACUCAUCGAGAUGGACCCUGUUCCUGCGUGGGACUGGAGCAUGAGCUGGAUGGAGGAGAUGGAGGCUCAGUACAGAGCAUACUAUCCUGGCAGAAAUGCAAAACCCUUCAACACUUAAGGAAUUCCCUCAGAUCACCUUCCGGAGGUCCAACAACUGUAUGUGACAUCCUGCAAAUGACUUCCUUUGCAAUAUGUAAUUUCUCCUUGUGUAACUUUCACUCAUUAGAGAGGAUGAUAAUGAGAAACCUCCCUUGGGAUGUUCUUACUUGGUGUAUUUUGAAAAAAGAUAGAGAGUCAUUAAGCACAAGAAAUACAGACUGAGUUUUUCUCACAGCAGAUGUAUGUUGAUUUUAUUUCAAGUUUGUUGCAGGAUUUUAUAAGAGCUGACAGCCCAUCAAGUAGUCUGUUGCCUCCUUAUUUUUUUUAUUGGCACACAUCCAGAUUUUUUUGUAAAUCCGUAUCAAUAUGAAGGGCUGCCGCCAGGGAUUUGGGCCACAUGAAUAAAAAAAUCUGACUUUGGGCCCCUCCAAAUCAAUGCCCCAAAUUGAAAAUGUUUUUUUUUUUGCUUUUUUGUAGGCCUCCUGUCUGUCACGGGCACUUAGAAGUGUCAUCACUCCCAACUAUCCUAUCACUUCUUAUGGCAUCACUGUAAAUCUACAAGUGCUUAUUUAAAAAAGUGUAAACAUACAUCAAAGAGCAAUUUCUUUUUGUUUUUAACUUUAUACUUUUUAUAUAUAAAUAUAUAAAACAUGCCUUUUUGCAAACUAUAACUGUAGUGUUGAAAAAAAUAUGUAUCAAUAUAUUUGCAUUAAAUGUAACUAAUCUAAGCUCAUACAUGCUUGAAAAUAGAUAGAAUAGAUUUUUUUCCCAGACAUUUCCUUUGAAUUUAACAGAUUUAUUUUGUACUUGUGUGAAACAAAAUCUUAAUUUGCCAUUUACUUUUGUAAAGAUUUAACAUCUGAGAAUGUGCUGUAACUGAGCGCCAAAAUAAAAUUUCAAAUACUGUAAAUACA